CCACGGUCUCCAAGUCUAUUCAACUUCAUCUUACACCGUCCUUUGAAUUUUCGAUGCAUUACUGGUAUCACCGCCCUGUAAUAGUACCGCCAUGCAUGAUACUGAAAGCGACUUGAAAUACAUGUGCCUUCAAAGAACGCGAACGACGACAAGUUUUGAAGGAUUGUUGAUAAAUUACUUCUUGGCAAGGUGCAGAAGCUGACUGAUAGAGAUUAUCGCGAGAUGGCACCCCUUUUGAUGUUAUGUCAAUGUGUUCGGGCAGCCUCACAAAGGAUAGGCUAGAUUGGGAGGUAACAACUUGCGAGGUCACUACUGCAUUCAGGAUGAUACCUGUCCCACGAAUCUAUUCAUGGGACUCUGAUGUGUCGAAUCAUGUUGGGGCGGAAUACAUGAAAAAAUGUCCUUUCUCUACCGUAUCUGACUGUCUUACGAGCAAUCUACGGGCAGAACUUGGCGAGUGGCUCAUCAAAGCGGUACAAAGAGAUUCGGUCUUCAGCGGAGUGCCACUCCUUGCAGAUGCAGAUACAGGUCGAGUGAUUGGCCUCAUCAGCUUUGAAGCAGCAACCAUUGCCCCUCUGUGGGAAUGCGCGAUGAUUCCACGAUGGUUGGAAGAUGCAGUUGACCCAGAGUCCAGUUAUGAAGGCAGAUCUCAUGGAGUGAGAAGUGUUUUGCGUGCCGCAUUUUUCUUAUCAACGGAAGUGUCCGACUGA